UGAAUGAUAACGUCAUGGGGCUGAAGGUAUCAGUGUUGAAGUACUGAUAGUGAAGAGGGGGUUGAAAACUACAAGACAAAACCAUGACGCAAGCGAUGGGAGGAUCUUGCCUGGGGGGCUCGUUGGUUGGUGGUUGGUUGGCGUCGGUUAGUAUCACACAACCAUGGACAGGUUUGUAGCCAGGCAACCGCGCAAUGACCACAGUCUAGAGCGAAACACUAGCUGGUGCGGACGGUCUUGACCUUCCUCAAUUAUUUUAAAUUUUUUUUACCCACUAACGCUAUAAAAAUUGAGGCAUUAAUAAGUUACAAAAGUUCGGACAAAUAUUCAAUUUUAGUGCUUAGAUAAUAAAAUAAAAAAUAUUGUUCAGUGAAAUGUCAUUGGUAGUCAGUGGGAUAAAAGUGCAUUAUCCUAUUAUUGUGAACUUUGAAGGUGAACUGUAAUAGUUUCAUGUGAUGAUUCGUAAUUAUGGUGUGCCCUGUAUGGCAAGUUCAUAAAGGUGCUGAAUGGCCUUCUGAGAAUCCACGUGGAGAGCCCUGACGCAAAUGACCAAAAUAGGUAUUGAGAAAAACGGUCGACUCUACUCAUUCGCUCAGUUGGACUCCAACCCUUGUUGGAUUCACAACGAGUUCAACCAACUGGAAGUGAAACAUAAGUAAUCCUCAACAGAAAAAAUAAAUUUGGGGAUAAUUGUGAUCUUAAAAUGACUAUGAGACGAAUAGCUGUAUUGGCAGCUGUACAUUCCAGUCAACGAAACGACUCCAAUGGUGCAAAUUACGGUGGUUAUUACAGCCCUAGUUACAAUAUGUCCGGGAAUGCCAGUGGAAAGAGCGGGAGGUUCGACACUGAUCUCCAUGGAAAUGUUAACGUACUACUCGGAGGGGCAAUGCUGAGUGGAGUAAUCAUAGUGGUAAUUCUGGUUUGCUAUUGCUGCCACAAAAACAUAAGAAAAAAUAGACCACACGAGUACUCCCCUUACUGGAGAGAGCCAGAUGUCCAGAGUCUAGAGGUUUUCACCAUGGACUCUCACACAAUGGGACGUUUUUUGGGGGCUCAGCAAUGCUACGAUCGAAGCGCAAACACGGAAGAGAUUACGACUAUGUCAUUAUCCUGUCCAGGAACACCAGGGCCACCACCAACUUAUGAAAGUCUUAUAUUCAAUUCCCAUCAUAAUGCUGCGUCACCGAGUGAUAAGAAAGAGGAGCCUAUUAGCACGGGCGACUGUAUUCUUCCGGUAUGUGGGAAUCAAGGGGAUUCCCAAGAUCAGGAGAAGAAGGGAGACGACGAAGGUUUGCCAUCUUACGAGGCUGCACUAAAACUCGAAGCUAACGGCUACGUUUAAUUAUUAAAAAUUGUCCGUUGAGGCAGCCCACCUGAAGUGAUAAGACGAGAUAAAUUGGUUUUUCUAAUUGUAAGAUAUUGCUUCUUAUGGAUAUCAUGAGAUGCAAAAAAACGAUUUUUUUUUGUUAGUAAUUUUGUUUAAUAGACAGGGUGACAUCCCUUUGAUUUUUUUAGAUUCUAAGAUAAUCAUCAAACAUUCACGUUCAAGAUGAAUCGCCAUACGUCACCUUUCCAUUUCAAAACUGAUUCAAUAUUGAACCUUUAACAGGUCAAUCUUUUUUACGCUUCUAGAUGUAAGUUAUGAAUCAGUGCUUUGUAAAUAUAUAGUUUCAUUACUAUUCAGCGGGUAGAUCUAUUGGCUCUAUUUAUUUACUAUUUGUUUAAAUCUUAGAGAAAAUAUUGGACAGAGAAUUGUUAGACCUUUCAUAGUUUGUAUUGGAGAUUCUGAUUGAUUUAUAAUCGAACUGUAGCGAGUGAAUUUUUGUACAGAUAAACGAGUUAAUUACACUGUUUGUGUUGAGAAAUUUUAUUUCAAAUUUGACAUUCAGAAUGGACUGAUGGAGUCAGUCUGUUAGUCGGAGAAUUAUCUCUAGACGAAAACGAGAGAGAAGUUUUGAAGAUAGUUUCAAGACAUCUUCGAGUGGAAGUACUCAGUUGUUAGAUUGAAUGAAUGUAUUGUAUUUUCGAUUCCAAUCAUCCUGAUCUGUAACAGCGCCAUCGUUUCCUCAAUUUAAUUAUUGUGCAUUUGAUGAUUGACAACGUUUCUACUUAUGGUGUAGUCAAUAUUAAAUUGGAAAAAAUACUUAGAUAUGCUUAGAAGGUCACAUUUGAAAGAAAAUACAAUACUUUGUGAGCUGAACGAUGUAAGCUAAUUUCUAAGCGACGUUAGAGGCGCGAUGCCCCAGGCCUAAUAUCAUUAUGGCUAUUUCUGACCGAGUGAUCAGGAUCAUUUCUGUUCACAAUGUAAACGCCGUUUGACAGACAGUGUGUUGAAAUAGAACUGAUAGGAGGUUGUAAGAGGCUAUCGAACUGAAGGCGUAGUCUCCAACACUCUGGAGUAGAACCGUUCUUCUCAAACAUGGAUCCACCAACUUUUUCUAUUAGAAUCAAACACAAUAUUUUUGCGAAUGAACCUAGUGAAACGAGAUUUACUUAAGACCGCAAUAGAUCCAUAAAAAUAAAGGAAUCAAUGUUAGGACGAAGAAUUAUCCAUUCAGGAUGAAGAAUUUCCUGAAUGUAAAAAUCGAAAUUUUUUUGAUGAAAGAGUUUUAGUUUAAACACCUAAACGUUCUGAAGUGCAAACCGAAGACUUCCUUCACAUAAAUAUCGUCAUUAAUUGAAGUGCAGUUGUGCUAGUCUGAAGGAAAAAGUAAUACCACAUAAAAGUCCUUUUCACAUGUUCAAACGAAUUUUUCCUGAAAUAUCUACAAAGAUUCACGUAUUUGUAAGACUUUUUGUUGGGAACAAAAACCGUUUUUUAAGCAUAAGAAAAGUUCUGAUAACGAAUUUCUCUAAACAUCUACCUUCCAAACAUAUUAAAGAUUAAUUCAAGACCAAUUUCAAACUUAUCGCUUGUCUUUUACCAUCUCGGUUGGAAGAGUCAGUGAAGUAACUACAAAGAUACAUAAAUAUAUAUGUACUGAUAAGAUAAAUGCUGAACUCAGUGAAUGAAAGAGUUAUGAAGGGAAUGAUCGAUAAAGACUGGCGCAUGGAUCCAUCUGUAGAUAUUGCUAAGCUGAACGGCGUGUAAAAACAACUUUAUCAGUCAGAGUAUUUAACAGCUACAUGAUACUGCUGGAUGUCAAUGUUAUUGGAGCAAGUGCAGGGGUCAUUGAAGUUCAUUGUGAUAAUAAUAACAGGGAGCUGAGUCAGUUAUCACUGACAAUUGUCAAUUCUUACUCGAUUGCUGGCGGUUAAACUCAUCACAGGGCCACUUAAUCAUCUCUCAAUGAGAAUACGAGAUACAAAUCCAGGGAACACAUGUAAAUUUGACACCCAAAUGUAUUUGACAUAUCCAAAUUCAACACGUGUGUUCGAUCAAAGUUUUUUUUUACUAAAUUUUAAUUUUUCUACUAGAUUUUUUUUGCAAUUUGUCAUUAAAUCAAAGUUCAUACACAAUAAUUUUGUUCAGAACGCAGCUGAAUGGGUGUUUUGAAUUUGUCUGUGUUGAAGUUUACGUGAGUUAAUUAUACAUGUAAUCGAAAGCAGAUAAAAAUGCAGAGAUUAAUUAUAACCAGUCGAGGUACAAUCCAAUUAUUUAUCGCCUAGAAUGCAUGUCUUUUUUUGUUGAUCCAUUUUAUAUAAGAAUGGUUUUAAAUAAAAUUGCUAAAGAUAUUUCCCUAAAGGGUAAGAAUUGCAAUCAGUGAAAGGUUUAGCGACGACACAUUUACUCUAUUUCGAAAACGUUUAUCAUCGAGAUAAUUAACUGAUUACCUGGAAUCUAUAGUACAUGAGUGAUGUUAUUAAAUGAGCCACGAAAAAAUUAUUUUAAUGGGAAUUUCUUUGUAAACGGAAGUAUUUGGGGAUCUUUGCUGAAUAAUAUUAAGUGUAAAUAUUAGUGAAUAUUCCCCGCAAAGCUGCUCAUGAUGAAUGAGAAGGCAUUGAGUAAUUCACUACUGACAAUUGUCAACGGGUAAUCGAUUACUCCAACGAAUAAACUAGUUACGGCGACUCCCAUUCAUUCUUUAUAGAUAUUCGAUAAGAGUAACAUGACAAUGAUUAGAAUGAAGACAUUGUGUAAAAAUAUUCAGAUUUUUUCCGUUUCAUUUGGUACAAGAAACGUUAAAAUCCAAAUGGACAGAAUAUUUGUAUCCAGGGCGCAAGUGCACUUGAUUGGCCAGUCAUUCGGCCAGGCCUUAUAUAUAAAUA